CAGGAGUGGACUGUUGCAACACAACAUCCUUAGGCGCCGGGUCGCUGCUCAAGAAAGGUGCGGCCGUGGGACUGGCUUGCCACACGUCUCGCCCUUCAUGACAUGACCCACAACCGCUUGAAGGCGUACUGGAUCCUUGCCGUGGCCUCCCAACGCAGCACGCGUUCAGUUGCGUUGGGCUUGGGCUUGCGGCGGGGCUUCACGACGCUUCACCCACAUGACCGGGAUCCCCGUGCUUUAAGUCAUGGGAACAAGGAAUUGAAGUCCCUUGCCUUCAAGGUGGCGACAGCGAUCUCCCAGCAAAGACGGCAGCUCGAAUGGCAAGCAGCGUUGCAGGUCUUUUGGGCAUAUGUGCACCGUGUGCGCCGCGACGUGCUGAUCCCGCCAUUCAAUGCUGCCAUUGCAGCACCUCUUGCAAGCAUUGAGGGGGUCAGCACCAAGUUGAUAGGUUGCGCGCCAGUUGGGCAUGUGAUUCCGUCCGGCUGGCAGGCAUGCGAAGUUGGCAGUUGCUGGCAGCUUGCGAUGUCAUUGAUGGCUGACGCUUCCACCUUCGCUUUAGCACCCAAUGCUGUGACUGUGACAGCGCUGAUGUCAGCUUGCCGGAGAGGACAUCAGUGGCAAAGAGCGCUUCACAUUUUCAAGCAUUUUGCUGCUGAUGGAUCGGCAGAUGCUGGGCUUCUCGGAAUUGCCAUAUCCUGCACUGCAUGUGGCCACUUGUGGCAGAGCGCCUUGCAUCUGUUAGACCUGUCCGACCGCCUGGGCGUCCGCAACCUGGCCCUGCAGAAUGCCAGCAUCCUGGCAUGCGAAAAGGCGCGGCGCUGGGAGGCCGCUCUACAUUUGCUGGAGGAAGCUGUGGGGUCCUCCGGCCUCGGGCUGUCUGGAACGGCGCUGACGUCAGUCACCGUGAACCUCGCGGUCUCCGCCUGCCAGAAAGCGCGGCAGUGGGGCGCCGCACUGCGCCUCGCCGCGCGCUUCGCUCGGUCGGCGGAUGUGGUGGGGGAGACGGUGGCCAUCGGCGCUUUGGGAGCCGCGCGGCGCUGGCAGGAGGCGCUGCGCCGGUUUCGGGCGCUCGAGGCGCUCGAGGCCUCGCCGUGCCAGAUGGCUGCGGCUCACACCGCCACCGCCUUCAGCUUGGAGCGGGCCACGUGCUGGGAAAUCGCCCUAGUCCUGGCCACACCGCUCAACCGGCGCAGUGCUGAGAUGGCGGCCAUCGCAGCAGCUCGAACUGGCCGCUGGCAGGUGGCCUUGCUGAUGGCGCAGAGCCAUUUUGGCAAACAGCUGGCGGUCCAGUCCUGUGAGCAAUCUGGUUGCUGGGGAGUGGAUGUUGCUGGCUCUUCACAGCUGAUCGACGCAGUACAGCGGUGGAAGGUGGAUUUGGAAGGAGGCGCCUUGAGGGGCAGAGGGGAGCACGUAGAGAUCUUGGUGCGCCCGGGGGCGGCGCCAAGCAACGCCAUUUGGUGUGUGACAGCACGGGAUUGGCUGGAGCAGAGAUUGGUCAAAAGGCCGAGAUGGCACAUCUUUUGCCAGAGUUCAGGCACAAGCUUCUUCCAGUGA